GCCCCCGCCGUCCUCUUCAACUGAAGGAGGCGCCCUCCAAUCGUCGCCUGCGGCCUGUGAGGACACUCGGAAGGGCGAGGGGAGGGCUCGGCAUCUCGCUCCCAAUUUCCCGGUCUCUCCCCGAGCCUGUGUCUCUUGGCGGUCCCCAACGAGCGGCCCGGGGUCGCAGAGCCGACGAGAGCUUGGCUGUAUGACAAAUUUCCUUCAGUAAGAGGUGACUCUCAGAGCUCUUCAGAAACGAGUGUGGUGUGUGAUUCAAGGCACAAUGGCUGCAAAAGUGGUUCCCAUGCGUCUCAAGUCAAAGCGGUCCUUUAUACUGAGAGUUCCUCCAGACUCCAGGCUGGGCCAAGACCUACAUCGAGAUGCUACAAGUGGGCCCAAGACCAUCCAUCAACUGGUUCUGGAGCACUUCCUCACCUUCUUACCCAAGUCAAGCCUGAACCAGCCCAAUAAGAAAGUCAGGGAGACCCUGGUUAUUAUGAAGGAUGUGAGCGCAAACCUUCGGAACAGAGGGCAGCCUCGUCCCUUACUGAGGCUUCUGUCCAAAGAAGGAAUCCAGCAGAAACAGCAAAUAGUUUCUCUGUUUUUGAAAGCUGAGCCAGAGGAGCUGGUGGUCUUGGAGGAUUUGAAUGUAUUUUACUCUCAAGAAGAAUGUAUAAGCCUGGAACCUGCUCAACAGCCCACCUCAGAGAAAGAAGAAGGCAGUGUUGGGGAGAUGAAGUUACUGGUCAAUGACAUAAAUCCUGAGGGCGAAGAUUUUCAGAAAGAACUUGUAGAGAAUGAUGAUCAUAGUGAAAAAUCUUUAGAUUGUAAUGAAAUGGAUUGUUCCAUGAUCUCUGAGCAACCUCCAGAUUGCCAUAAAGAAGACAUAUCCAUUCCAAAGAAAAGGAAAAUGAGAAAUCUUCUAGUUACCAUUGAAAAUGAUGCUCCAUUAGAGGAACUCUCAAAAUAUGUGGAUAUCAAUGUUAUUGCACUUACCUGCAAUCAGAGAACAAGAAGAUGGUACACCUGUCCACUGUGUGGGAAACAGUUCAAUGAAAGUUCUUACCUUAUUUCCCACCAGAGGACUCACACUGGAGAAAAACCCUAUGACUGUAGUCACUGUGGGAAAAGCUUCAAUCAUAAAACAAACCUUAAUAAACAUGAACGAAUCCAUACAGGAGAGAAACCUUAUUCAUGUUCUCGGUGUGGGAAAAAUUUUCGUCAGAAUUCUCAUCGGAGUCGCCAUGAAGGAAUCCAUAUAAGGGAGAAGAUAUUUAAGUGUCCAGAGUGUGGGAAAACCUUCCCAAAGAAUAAAGAAUAUGUGCUUCAUCUGCAGAGUCAUGGGGCUAAGAGACCAUAUGGUUGCAGAAAAUGUGGGAGAAGAUUUGGUCGGAUGUCAAACUGUACCCGGCAUGAAAAGAUCCACUCGUCACGUAAGACCCGAAAGCAGAAGUGGGAUCAGGAAAGGUCUGAUGGUCCUGCUUCAACCUGAAGGGUGUUAUAAGGAAUUCUAAAUUCACAGGCUGUCAGAAAAGAUAGAGAUAUGUGAAAACCUCAUUAAGCCAAAAUGGGAUCAAUACCAUCUUGGCUAAAACCUCAAAUUUUUAGAAUAUUCACAGGAAAGAAAACACCCUCAAGGGCUAUACCUCAGUUAGCAUCCAGGCAUUCUGGACUAAGGAACUUUAUUUUGUGAAUUUAUACAACAAUGUACAGGUCAUAGAUCCCUUUCCCAAAAAAGGCUUCGGAAUUCACACUUAAGAGAAAUGCAAAGAUCCUUAUCUGGAACUGAGUUUCCCUGAGAGAAUCAAACUACUGAUUGAUUAAGCCAACAGCGUCUGUUGGCAAUUCAUAUAACCCUCUAAGAACACCCUGUUGAAGCUUGAGUGUUGAAAGGGAUUGUUUCCUUUGGAAUAUAGGAAAAUACAGCAAUUGAAUGUUGAAGACUUGCUCUCUUAUUUGUGAUCGAAGCAGACACUUUCAAUAACCUUUACAUUUUGUGAUAAAAAGUGACUUUUACAGAAAUUCUUUUCACAACAUGAUUUAAAAGUGA